AUGGGAGCCAAGAGCUCCUUUGAGAUUUCCACUAAAUUUUCCGUGGAGAAGGAGAGAGAUCUGGCUGCAGCUGUGGACCUGCGCUGUGGUGCAGAACCAGAGAACCAGGCUUCCCUUACAACGCUGCAUGACACCCCCUUAAAGAAGCACAUGCCACCGGAUGGUGCCUUCGUCAUCUACAAACGGUCUCGUCCACUGUUGGACAUUCUGAACCCGGACAGGUGGCUGCUGCACAGCGUGGCCAGAGACCACCCUGAACAGACCCGGCACAACCGAAGACGGCUCAAGGAAGUGGGGGUGCUCUCGACUGGGUGCUUCCAGGAAGCAGGCGUGCUUUUGUGCUGGAGCAUCUCGAUCACUCCCAUCUGGCAGGCAGAGGCACGAGGCGAGACUGCGGCGCUGUCGGUCCAGAGCAGCGAGGACGGCGUCAGCUGCCGGAGGGACCCUGCUCGUCUCCGGGGGUCGCACAGGGACUUCUCCGCUGCUGAGGCCGGGCUCGCCCACCUCCUCGCAGUUCUCGACGUCCGGAGAAGUGGCCCCUCGUUCCGAAAGUCGCGAGGGGCUUCGGUGAUCCCAGGGACGAGCCGGCUCCUGCCCGGGGGCGGGGCCAGGAGGCGCGACCCCCGCCCUCACCGUGCUUCUUCCCCGCGCGUGCGCACUGGGCUCGGGACAGCGCGGACGCCAGCGGUGGGGAUUCCUGUCCCCGCCGAGCCCCCGGAACGCGGGACCAGCUUCCGCUCUGCCGCAUGUGCCGCUGCUUCCGGCCGCCCACGGGUCCUCGCCGAGGCCGCGGGGAAAGUGCGGGGGCUGCGGGCCCAGGCGCGCCAGGCUGCGGUGAGGCCCGCGGGGAGGCGGCGGUGGGCCCCGCGCCCCCGGCCCGAGAGGCGGCCCCUCCGCAGGCCUCGGCCGCUGGAGUCGGGGAAGCACUAUUCACAAUAGCCAAGAUAUGGAAACAGUCCAAGUGCCCUUCUACAGGUG